AUGGCCAGAAGUAAAGAACUCGUCCCCCAUAUCGGCCGUCUCUCGCGCUCAAAACUCGCUGCCAAGCGGGGUCUUUACAAGGGACUGAAAAAGUCGGGGAAGCCUACUGUUGACACCCCCCCCGAGACCGUGGAGAAGACCAUUGGUGGUGACAAGAACGGUGGGAAGCGUCUUGUCCCAACAUCGAAGGCUCCUCGUUUCUACCCUGCUGAGGACGUCUCCCAACCCAAAAAGAGCCGCAAAACCCCCAAGCCAACACAACUUCGUGGCUCCAUAACUCCCGGUACUGUUUUGAUUCUGUUGGCUGGAAGAUUCCGGGGAAAGAGGGUUGUGUUCUUGAAGCAGUUGGAUAGCGGGCUUUUGCUGGUGACGGGUCCGUUCAAGAUUAAUGGUGUGCCAUUGCGACGGGUCAAUCAGGCAUAUGUGAUUGCUACGUCUACCCACAUUGAUAUCUCCAAAGUCAACUUGGAUGGCAAAUUCAAUGACAAAUACUUUGCGAAGACUGACUCCAAAGGUGUUGUCUCUGCUGAGGCCGAGUUCUUUGAGGAGGGAAAACCCAAGGCGAAGGCGGCUCUUCCUGAAUCAAAGACAGCUGACCAGAAGGCUGUCGACGAUGCUAUCAUUGUAUCCGUCAAGAAGACGAGCAACCUGGCCAAGUAUUUGGCAGCAAGCUGGGGUCUAUCGAAGGGCCAGUUCCCUCACCAGCUGGUAUUUUAGAUGUAGCACAAGUUGGGGCUGCCGUUAGGGGCGGGCGAGGGCUUAAGACUUGACUAUGUUAUAUGUUACAUCUAUGAUGAUACAUGCACGCCGCCGUUUGAAAGCCAAA